GGUAAACUCAAUAAAACACACGGACGGUGACGGUCCCACUCUACAUGGCCGUCAGUCCCGACGGCAAAUCAAACCUAAAUUGCAUCACAGGAAUAAAACGUGGACUUUUUCCGUCUAGCUGUAUCACAGAGUAACAGAUUCCUUCUUUUGAUCUGUUCAUUUAUAUUUAUCAGGUCGCGGUUCGAAUCUGGUCUUUCUCGCUACGUCUUCCGAUAAGCACGGCCUGUGAAAUGAUGGUGGAAUUUGGUUUGUGAAUUUAUCUGCUAUUGCGCAGAAGAAGAAGAAGCUUCUGGAAGCUUUUCAGAACUUUCUGGAUAGUGCUCCGGGCAAGACGGGGGUUUUAAAGGGAGUCGCGGAAGAUGUCGAUGGAUAGUAGUGUAUUGGAUGAUAUAAUACGGAGGCUAUUGGAGGCAAAGGGAGCGAGGACUUUGCGGCAAGUGCAGGUGACGGAGGCAGAAAUCCGGCAACUCUGUCAGGCGUCUAAGGAUAUAUUUCUCAGCCAGCCUAAUUUGCUCGAGCUCGAGGCCCCCAUAAAGAUCUGCGGGGAUAUCCAUGGUCAAUAUUCGGACCUUUUAAGGCUAUUUGAGUAUGGUGGAUUUCCACCAGCAGCAAAUUAUUUGUUUCUAGGCGAUUAUGUAGAUCGUGGAAAGCAGAGUAUAGAGACGAUAUGCCUCCUGCUAGCGUACAAGAUAAAAUACCCAGAAAACUUCUUUCUCUUGAGAGGAAAUCAUGAAUGUGCUUCUAUUAACAGAAUUUAUGGUUUCUAUGAUGAAUGUAAGCGCCGGUUCAAUGUUCGUCUGUGGAAAAUUUUCACAGACUGUUUCAACUGUUUGCCUGUUGCUGCACUUAUUGAUGAAAAAAUUCUCUGUAUGCAUGGAGGCUUAUCUCCUGAGUUGAAUGACUUGAGUCAGAUUAGGAAUAUUUCUCGACCUACAGAUGUACCGGAUCAGGGAUUGUUGUGUGACCUUCUUUGGGCUGAUCCAGAUAAAGAUGUUGAAGGCUGGGGGGAGAAUGACCGUGGUGUCUCAUACACCUUUGGAGCUGACAAGGUUAAUGAAUUAUUAAAAAAGCAUGAUCUAGACCUUAUCUGUCGUGCUCAUCAGGUCGUGGAAGAUGGUUAUGAGUUCUUUGCGAAGAGGCAGCUUGUUACAAUCUUUUCGGCCCCCAAUUAUUGUGGUGAAUUUGAUAAUGCGGGGGCCAUGAUGAGUGUUGAUGAAAGUCUGAUGUGUUCGUUUCAAAUUUUGAAACCUGCUGAGAAAAAGGGGAAAAUUGGAUUUGGUAGUAUAAGUAUACCAAGGCAAGCCACACCAGCAGUCCGUAAGGGACCCAGAGGUUAGAAGAUGAAAAUUUGCUCCUCCUGCAUCGGUACAAUCUCUUUGGAUUUGGCUUGUUGAAAUAGCCAAUGAAAUGAAAGAAAUAUGAAUUUGGGCUGGUGCUGCCAAGAGUUCACAAAUUUUGUGUUUAUUGAUCAAUGACUUGAAUAUCAGCUCUUAGGAGCAUUCUUUUGUGUGCAAUAUUGAAAAUAAAUAAGAAAAGCCAGGAUGGAUAUAUAGGACAUGACAAGUUCACUAAAAGAAAUGGAAGAAACUAAGAACACUUGAAAUUGUUAAAAUGUAAAGUAUCAAAGCGCAAGCUUAGCUUUCUGAGAAGCUAUUUUGUCAGCUCAUUUAUGGAAGAGCUGGCAUUCAUUUCAAAUGUCUGGAUUUCAUUGCAAAAGUCAAGUUGUGCCUCUGUAUUUUUAUACGUCGGCAAGCUUUGACUUUGAUAAAAUAUUUGUUGAGAUGUUUCUGCAUA